AUGUCAAUUGAACCUGGUUCUGCAAAUAAGCUUUCUGUAACAGCUACACAAGAAAAAGUACGACAGGGAAUGCAGAGAGCUCAAUGGCUUAGAGCAGCCAUUCUUGCAAAAGACGAUCAGGAGUCCAUGAUCAUUUCGGGGAUUGCAGUAGCUCUUGCAGGUGCCUGCAGCAUGGCUGUUGGAGAGUUUGUUUCUGUCGCAACCCAGAGGGACAUCGAAAAAUCAACAAUCCACAAAACUUGUUCAGAUGGUAAGUUGCACGACCUGCAAGUUGGUGAUAAUAUCAACAUCCAUUUUCUAACUCCUCAUCCAUCUGUGCCAGAACCAAACAGAUCUCCAUUUGUAAAUCUGGCCAGCGAAAGUGAGUCAUCGCAAGGGAAAUUGUCUCCAUGGUGA